AUACUCGGUUCAACCAUCUCGUCGAGAGUCUCGCUCGCCGCCACCUGCUUCCCCAACUACUCACAAAACCUCGUUUGUAUCGCUCUUACAAGAAAAAACUUUAUAAAAUUAGUAGUAAUUAAAAGAAGAAGACGUUCCUCGUUUGUAUCUCCCACUGAGUCAGUCCAUCUUUCAGAUUUCUCUAUCUCCACUCCCCCCACAAUUUAACAAUUAGUUUCUCCGGGAUCUUCCGUGUCAUGGCCACCACCGUCGCUGGACCGAGGCUCAUCUCCUUGAAAGCCGCUGGGAAGCUCGGCUACCGUGAGAUCUCUCAAGUCCGACAAUGGGCUCCGGUUCACUCCGCGAUGCCUCAAUUCGAAAUGCUGCGAUUUGGAUCGCGUCUUCCCUUUACAACCUCUGUAGUUGUGAGAGCUCAAGCGACCGCUACUGAGCAAUCACCUGGCGAAGCUGUUCAAAAAGUUGAAUCUCCAGUGGUCGUUAUCACUGGUGCUUCUAGAGGGAUUGGCAAAUCAAUUGCUCUAGCCAUGGGUAAAGCUGGCUGUAAGGUCUUGGUGAAUUAUGCUAGGUCAGCGAAGGAGGCUGAAGAAGUUUGUAAACAGAUUGAAGAAUAUGGUGGCCAGGCUAUUACUUUUGGGGGUGAUGUCUCGAAAAAACCUGAUGUGGAUGCGAUGAUGGAAACUGCUCUUGACAAAUGGGGUACCAUUGAUGUCGUGGUUAACAAUGCAGGAAUUACUCGGGAUUCCUUGUUAUUACGAAUGAAGCAAUCACAAUGGGACGAAGUGAUUGAUUUGAAUCUCACUGGUGUAUUCCUCUGUACUCAGGCAGCACACAAGAUCAUGACGAAGAAGAGAAAGGGAAGAAUCAUCAAUAUCUCGUCAGUUGUUGGUCUCAUUGGUAAUAUUGGUCAAGCAAACUACGCUGCCGCUAAAGGUGGAGUUAUUGCGCUUUCCAAGACUGUUGCCAGAGAAGGUGCGAGCAGGAAUAUAAAUGUCAACGUGGUCUGCCCCGGAUUCAUUGCAUCUGACAUGACUGCUGAGCUUGGAGAAGACAUGGAAAAGAAAAUCCUGGGAACAAUCCCAUUAGGACGGUAUGGAAAACCUGAAGAAGUGGCUGGCUUGGUAGAAUUUUUGGCUCUCAGUCCUGCAGCCAGUUACGUAACCGGACAGGUAUUCACCAUCGAUGGAGGUAUUGCUAUUUAGACAUCUGGUAUGAUGCGGCUUUUGUUUAGUUAAAACAAUGUGGUAAAGAGACAAAGUUGAGUUCUAUUUCUAGCAUUUGGUCGGAUUUCUAUUUUGCAAUAUCAAAAAACUCACUACUUAAAACUACGUAUUUGGCCAAUUUCAGAAUUCGAUUAUUUACAAUCGCUCAUUCUAAUGUCUUUGUUUAUAAAGUGUUUACUUUA